AUGAUUGUGACCUCCACGAGGUUGGCCACCGGCUCCCGCCCUGGCAUCGGACGGACGAUGUUUGGUUGCUGCCUCAUUGCCUGCCUCGGCGUGUACGCCUCAUCGGCUACCAAGUGGAGCCUCAUAGACAUCAACACGACGCAAUUCCUGAUGGAGGACAACUCAUAUGAAGGAAAGGCACAGUCAGCUCUCGUCUGCGUCCUGCAGGCGGAACAAGUCCUGCGCUAUGCAAGCCGCGGCCUCGCCUGCUACUCCGACGGCCGCUGCGUCGUCGCCAACGGAUCCUACGACCACCUCCGAGGACCGCCUUCAGGCGACUGGGCCUGCUACUCAUUCCUUGCAGUCCUUUGCGCUAGUCCUCCAGGUGGCCUCGGCGACGCGCUCAGGGCGGCGGUGCCGUGCAACGUGUCGCUGAGGUGCACGCCUCAGGGCUGGGCUGACGGCAACUCGCCCAACAAAAGUGCGUCCCGUCCUCAAGGAGUGAAGUGCACCAGUGAUGGUUGCUUCCUAGUAAAUAGCCUAAUGAUGACGUGGUGCGCCGCGCACCAAUAUUGCCUUGGCGUUGGCGGGAAACUCUACACGCCCACCGACCCCCGGAAAUACAUGAACUUCACUGGCAUCGUCUCUGGAAAAUUUUGGGUGGGUGCUGUUCGAAUGCAAGACAAUGCGUGGAUGUGGUUCAACAACGGGCGGGUUAUGGCGGCCGACUGGAUGCCGGGACAGCCGAACGAUCCAUCUGCUCAUUGUGGCUACAUUGUUACGGACUAUAAAGGACUCUCUGACAGCGAUUGUGUCGCGCUGUACCGUGCUCUGUGCUACAUGGGAGACAACUAAAAAUUUUGUUUUAUUGUCACUCCCUUUAUUGGUUUGACAUUUACUUCAAAAUUCGGGCUUGAGAAAUUAUAUAGUUUCUCUCGUCCAGGAGAUGUUUUUCGUCUUAAUGUUUUUUCUUUGCUUGACUUAGAAAGUCGCCUUAGCGUUCUU